AUGGUUCCGGACUAUGAAUUUAAUUGUAAGCCUACUGUCAACUAUCUGGACGGCAUCGGCGAGAAGGCGGCGGAGUUCAAGACGAAGGGCGUGAACACCAUCGCCUGCGUCUCCGUGAACGACGCCUUCGUGAUGAAGGCAGAUCUGGGGAUCGGGGAGGAGGUGCUGCUGCUCAGCGACGGCAACGGCGAUUUCACGAGGGCGAUUGGCUGUGAGCUCGAUUUGAGCGACAAGCCGAUUGGGCUCGGCGUGAGGUCGCGCCGCUACGCUAUGUUUGUGGAGGAUGGCGUUGUGAAGGUCCUCAAUUUGGAGGAUGGCGGCGUGUUUAUUGUGAGCAGCGUUGAGGAUUUGCUCAAGGCGCUUAGAGAAUUCAGCUUACGUUUUUCUGAGUUAUAAAUUUUAAUAAAUUUCACGUUCAGUUAUGGAUUGCUUUUGGAGAUGGUGCAGUGAGCAAUGUCAGUUUUAGGGUUCUUGAAUUUGAUGUAUUUCAUUUCACCAAUUGGAUGAUGAAAUGGGGUGCAAAUUGCAAUGCAAUCUUGUGUUGAUCAUUGCUAUGAACAUUGGAUGAAAUUGGCCAAAGUCUUUGGUAGCACGCGCACGAGAAGGAGAAGAAAGGCGAACGAGGAGGGAAAGAAAGGAUCAAUGGAGACAGAUGGUGUCAACUACAAUUCAAGAAAUCAUUAAAUUACCAUUCAUGUCAA